AUGACCGCAAGAAGCAACAUCGCGCCCAUUAUUGACGUCGCCGGUGCGGGCUUCAGACUCUCGCUGCUUCUCAAUGCGAUUAGUUCCGAGUUCUCAAAUGCGGGCCUCGAGGUCAAGAGCAUAUCAAAGGGCGUCACAAUGUUCUCGAUGAUGCUGAAGCACACGGGUCAGGUUCUGCAGGCAACAGACUCAGUUCACUCCCAGGAAGCUAUCGAGACAGCAAAGUCGAUAGCAGAUGAAAGCACAAGAGUCUUUGAUGAGAUUAAGGACAUGUGGAGGUUCAGAAGGACAUUCAGAAAACACAGGGUUGUAUACCUGCUCGCACAACUCGAAAGUCUUCAAUUAAGCCUCUCGGUCAUGUUGCAGAUAGUCCAGCUAGGAAAGGUGAUGGCGUCCACGUCACGAAGCGACUCCCCGGAAGAGGUCUCUUUCAAGAAAGAAGAGAUCACUCAGGAACGCGCCGAGGCCCAAAAUGCUUUGAUUGUCCGAUACUGGCAAAUGAGUAAUAUGGACGCAUUAUUUGAGGCCUCGCAACGAGAAGAGGAGGAAGAUAGAAAAUCAUCCAUGAACAACGGUGCCGUGCAUGACGACCAGUCGCUGGCGUUUCCUGUAGACAGCUCUCAACACACCUCCAGCCCCAUCGCUCCCGAGCAACCCCCCUCAACCGCUUUGGUGAGACUACCAGUGUUUUCUCUCGGCGAGCUUGAUCACAUGCUACAUCAAAUUCGGGAUUCUCCUCGAGAUAUGGUUCAGGUAUCCGAUCGCGCGAUCGACCCUCUCCUCGAAAGAUGGACCAUUUGGCGUGAGAUUCGAGAGAGGCGCCACAACCGUGACUCUGGUUCCAGAUACGCCCCUUCAGUGCACAACCUCAAUGAGGAGGACGAGGAGAUCCCUUUCCAUGAACGAUAUCGAGAGCGUGACGGGAGCCCUCGUGGCUAUUACCUGGAAGGCACAACGACCGACUGGAGGAAGCCGAAUUCUGCCUCUGCACGCCAUGAAGCAUUCAUGAGACGGAAGCAGUACUCUGGUUACCAGCCAAGCGUGAGUGCGGCAAGCAGCGACAUGGAGGAUUCCCCCGGAGGUAGCCCUAGCUCCAAGAAGCGAUCCUCGCGGCGACACGUGCUUGACUCAGGUUCAGAAUCAUCUGCCUCCGAAGCCGAAAUGGCCCAGCCCAAACCUCGGCGCCGGAGUAGCGGCAGCCCUGGUGUUGAACGGAAGAUACAAGCUGCUGGGGGAGACGCACCCGUAGCACACGCCUUCACGGCGCCGGUUGAACCACCACCAUGGAUCACAGCUGCUACCGCUGGUGUCAAUCGUCCGCCCUCGACUCAGCCCUCCGUGACGUCGGCUCAGUCGACGGCAUCAAGAUUGUCAUCUCCUGCAUACCACCCACCCGGUCAUCGUCCCUGGGUAACGCCCGAUCAGAACCCGGUGCACCACAGCGUCUCGUCGCCUCUACUGCCAGCACAGAUGCAUAAUGCCCCGAAUUCAAUGGUGCCUCCACAGGCAGUUGCAUUCGGACGAUAUGGCGGCCAAAUGCAUCCACAGGGACAUCCGUUGAUACAACAACAUGGGUAUCCGCAACUAACUGGAUACCUACCUCCUUCCUCUCAAACUCGAUACAUUCCUCAAUCCUCAACCCGGAUGGGCCUAUCGCCGAGACCGGUGUCCCAAGAUGGCAAAUCCGCAAGAUCACCGUCCCGAUUGUCCCAACAUAACACCACAUCACGCAUCCAUGAUGAGAAGAGGCACUCAAGGGAGAAAUCCACAAAGCAAAAUAUCCGCGAAAGUGCCACUAAGGGCCUUCUGGGCGCUGGAGCUAUUGCAGGGUUUCUAGAAGCAUUGGAGGGCUUAAGUCUCUAA